GCCCCAGUGUUUUCAGCCCCGCCGCCCCACACGGAUCUCCUCCUGUGGCUCCAGCCAGCUCAGUGAUGAUGGCUGAAGAACACACGGACCUCGACCUCGAAGCCCAGAUCGUCAAGGACAUCCACUGCAAAGAGAUUGACCUGGUGAACCGAGACCCCAAGAACAUUAACGAGGACAUAGUCAAGGUGGAUUUUGAAGACGUGAUCGCCGAGCCUGUGGGCACCUACAGCUUUGACGGCGUGUGGAAGGUUAGCUACACCACCUUCACCGUCUCCAAGUACUGGUGCUACCGCCUGUUGUCCACACUGCUGGGCGUGCCGUUUGCCCUGCUCUGGGGCUUCCUCUUCGCCUGCAUCUCCUUCUGCCACAUCUGGGCUGUGGUGCCCUGCAUCAAGAGCUACCUGAUCGAGAUCCAGUGCAUCAGCCACAUCUACUCCCUCUGCAUCCGCACCUUCUGCAACCCGCUCUUCGCUGCCCUGGGUCAGGUCUGCAGCAGCAUCAAGGUGUUGCUGCGAAAGGAAGUCUAAAGCCAGGUGGGGCGAUGGGGGUGGUAGGGCAGGGGAGGCAAGCUACACUGACCCCGUGGGACUGCUCCACAGUGCUGCGCUGCUAGGGAGCGUUUUCUCUUUAGGCACUGCACACAGUUUGGGGGAGCCAGGAAGAAAAGACAGCCCAG